AUGGCUCGUUCGGUCACACAACUCUUGCCAAAACUCUUCCUCCUGAUCACCUUCCUGAGCAUAGCCAGCUCCUACCCCACCGCCACCAACCGCCUCCUCCUCCUACCCCGCGAUCCCAAAGACUGCACCGCCCCGGACGCCAACUGCACGUGCCAGGAGUGGACCUUUGCGUCCAAGGACUGGACGGUGGCCAACUUUGCCUACCGCAUCUCGGUCCCCGUCUUCACCCCGCAAGACGAACAAGAAGAAGAAGAAGAAGAAGCCUCGCGGCUGGAGCCGGUCCCGUUCGCCAGCCUCGUCACCUUUGUCGUUCAGAACAAGGCGCUCGACUACAACGCCGUCUGCAACGCCACCAGCACCGGACAGGACCAACAGGACGCCGACGCCUCGUUCGACGGCGAGGAGUGGUACGACUGCGUCCAGGACAAGGCCGGCGAGGAAGGCGUGACGAGCUUCAGCUACGACAGGGCCAGAGACAGGCUCGAGGUCAAGCAGACCUGGGAGUGCCUCCACGAGGGAUACUUCUACAGAUACAAGGCCACCGGCGGUGCCGAGGCCAAGGUCGUGUGUGCCGAGGCCGAGUGGGAGAACCCGGACUGGAAGGAAGGGCAGACCUACCAGCUGAACAUUACAGAGUGCCAGGCCAAGCACCGCCCUAUGCAGGUGCCAUGGACAGAGAUAACAGGGAGCUGA